GGUGAUAAUGACUUCCUAUCAGGAGUUAACGGCCGAAGGGGAGACUAGCCCUCUGCUCACAGGCUGCUGCUGCCGCCGAGCGAAAGAGGUCAUAAACCGGGACCUGGACGGCGAGUCUCAUCCGCAACUCGGCUUUCGUGGCGAGGAGGGGACACUGGAGGUGGAAGGAUUUUACUCCCCGCUUCUGUGCACUUCUUCGGACAGCCCUCCUCCACCUCUCCCACAAGCUCCGGAGGGCUUCUCGGCACCGGCCUGCCCCCACUCGUCCCGUGUCCCCUGGCGGUGCAGGGCGCGGGGGCAGGGCUCUCCAGGACGAGGAUACUGCGCGUCAAACGACGACGCGCGGCGCUGCGCUUUUGGGUCACUCGCGGAACAAUUUCAACUCUAUUCUCACGGCGACCCCGAGAUUCACGUCGCCGUGGGAAGUUCGGUCAACUCGGACUGUAGCGAUUCGGACGGAAGGAGUAAAACUUUUGGGUGGAUGAGAGUGAAAAGGAGUCGGCAGCAAGCGGCCAGGAUGCACAUGACCUGCGGGUUCAGUCUGGUUGGCUCGGGCCUCGGCGUGGCAGAGGCUGGGAGCGGCAGCGCCUUCACGGACGCUCCUCCGUCGGUGAACGGGGCCCCGAGGACCAGCUACAGCACCAAGCAGCUGACCGAGCUGGAGAAGGAGUUCCACUUCAACAAGUACCUGACGCGGGCCAGGCGGGUGGAGGUGGCCGGAGCCCUGCAGCUGAGCGAGACGCAGGUGAAAGUUUGGUUUCAGAACAGACGCAUGAAGCAGAAGAAAUUGCAGAGAGACGGGCUGAUCCGCGACCCGAGGCCCGCGGCUGCGCACUCGCACGGCGGAGGAGCAGGAAGCACUCUGGACACCUGCCCCUCUCCCGGACCGACCUCUCCCUAAAAGAAAAAGAAAAAGGGAAGACAGUACAGAACACCUGCCUCCCCCUCUCCCCCCUCCACCUCCUGAACUGAACACGCAAGGAGCUGCGUCGUGCGUUGCGCGGCAGCCUGCAGAUGUUUUGAUUCGCGUUUGCAUCGGUUUCAAUCAGGCUUCACCUUUAUUUGCUUACCACGAUGAAUGCUCGUCGCAAGAAGCGCGAUGGCAAGUUUCUUCAUGCAAGAGCGGCUGAAAACGAUUUGUCAUCCUCCCCCGGCCUCAGACUGGCGCUCUGAUUUGAAUAUUAAAAUCCAAGUCAUUCCAUUGCGCUCCUGCCUACACAAUGUAAACGAGGAUACAAAACGUAUAUUAAUUGUGCAUAGAAGCGGUGGCUCAUUUGCUUAUUUAUUUUGGACAAUUUAUUCAGGAACUGACUUUACGUGAAUAUAUUUAUUCAGCAGGGCACGUGCGUAUCGCGAGUUUUGUUUCAAAUGACAAAUUAUUAUUAUUAUUAUUUUAUUUAUUUAUUCAAUGAUCAGGCUAUAUGUGGGGAUAUUUAUUUUAUUGAAACAGAAAGACAAUCCUUUUGAGUAACUUUUUGGACAUUUUUUAGUAUCAGAUGAGUGCUGCUGCCUGCGUGGAGCUUUAUUUCUCUAUUUAUUUGUGUCUGACAGCCCACAUUUGAGCAGAAAUGCACCUGUUGUAGCUUUUAACACGCAUGUCAGCAUCCUGCUGUUAAUCUCCAGUACUGCCCUGCCUCGAUUUCUUUGGUUUUCAUUAUCUUCCAUCCACGCAAAGAUUAAAAUGCCAUAAUUGAGGCAUCGACUUAUUGGAGAGUAUCGAUCCGCAGUGAUCCAUCCGCAAAUCUUUGAGCAAAUCCGCAUGCAUCUGUGACUGCACGUUAAUGGAAUGUAGAAACACCACGAUCGGGAGUUGUUGUCUCUUUUUAUUACCCUUAUACAUGCAUCAGAAAAUGACAAUUUAGCUUGAACGCUCAUGCGGGAGAGCAGACAAUAAAACCCAUGCCUGCGCCUGUUUUGCGCAUCAGCCAAUAAAAGUGCGUGGCCCCAGCAGCUAAAUACUCCUUCCAGACUCCCAUCUCAUCUCAUAUAAAGUAAAUGGUAGUAAACACGGCUCUUAAACACUGUUAGGGUCCCGGUAUUGUGUUUUAUUUUAUUUAUUUUUUUUAGCAUGUUAAUGUCUCUUUUAAUAUCAGGAUAUGGGCCAUGAGCUACAUUAAUUUAAUGUGGGGGAAUAUUUUUGUUAAGCUUUCAAUUAGCCUGUAUGGGAAGGUUUCUGGAUGCAAAAUUUAUAUUAAUCUUAACAGAGGAAUUAAAAUUGGCUGUUGCAGAUUAGAGCAAAAGUGCAUCAAUAAUACUGAAUUAAUUGGGUUUGCUCUUAACCUUUAACAGGUGUCCUGCAAAUAAAAUGCUGCAGAAUUCUAUAAAAAAUAAGACAACUGCAGCUCCGUAGAAGCAGAAGUGGACAUGAAGGCUGCAAGGCCAAGCUAAUGUAUGCACUCACACCAGAGUUCACCCCUCACCUCCUGACCUUUGUCUUGCCUCGGGACAACAGUGACCCGGUCAGCGGCUCAGAUAGAGAAAGAUGCACCAUUAAUUUGGGUGACCUCCAAGUCUGAGCUUUUUCUUUAUUUCAUUUUCUCCCUUUCCCCCCCUCAACAAGCAGCUCCGAACGCCUUUGUUCCGGUGGUGGGUUCUCUGUGUCCACACAGCCAUAUUUCAUCGAGCUGAAUAGAAAGGCGACCAGGCCAUAUGAUAAUUGUUCAUAUUAUAAUUCCAUACCAGGCCAGAUAAUGCAUUUUUCCUCUCCUUACACCUAGAGCUAACCUAAUUUUUGCCCUAUCUCUUAUUUUAAUGAGCCAACAAAUGCACUUCUACUGGCUCACUUUAUAAACUGGAUAAAGGAGUCUUUUCAUCCAAUAGUUUUUUUUUUUAAAUACAAAACUACAGACUUUUUUUUAAAUAGCAAAGCUGAAAAAUUAAAGUUACUUGAGCAUUCUUAGUACUAUUCCAUGCCAGAGGCAGCAUAAACAAAAUUUGGAGCAGCCAUUCAUUAGAUGCUCACAGCUUAUUUAUUUCAUGCAUAUUGGCUUGAAUAAUUUUUAAGAACACACAUUAAUCCCCUCCAAACAAUAUCUUUUAGAAUGUUCCCCUCAUGAAUAUUAAACGACAGCUCGGAAGGAAUAAAAGUUCAAACUUAAAGCAGAAAAGCUGACAUGUAAAAGUUUUUUUCCCCCCUAAUUGAUACUAAUAAUUUUACAUUCAAACAGGACUAAAAUGUGCUGAGCCCAGUUCAUUUUUUACAUUUGCAUCUAAACAAAACACACACCAUUAAGGUCGCCUUCCUCUAAACAAAAUAGUGCAAAGUGGAAUGUUUAACAAAACCAUCAAAUGUGUUCGUCUUUUUAAUGCAAAGUGUGUGAAGGUUACGAGGUUGACGAUGAGGACAAUGAUGUUGAACUAAUGCGAUGAUGAAGCCUGCGACUAUAAAAUUGGUCUCUCAUGUCCACUGUUCCCACUGAGAAGUGUGUUGCGUUGACCUUAUUAGAAACUCUUUUAUCAUCUGUGCAAAUAUGUUCCCUUGCCACGGGGCUUCUGUUACAGGUUGCAAUGUGUGCAGAGGAUGCUUGCAGCAGGUGUGCACUCACACUUCUUUUUUAACUUACUUAAUCACUGUUUUUACCCUGUAACAGAUUCACUCACAAAUACUGUUUAAGCAGGAGUACAAACACUGUGUUAAAGCAAAAACCUAUUGUGAAUUAUAAGGUUGGGGUGAAGGGGUAGGGGGUAAAAGGAGCUGAUUUAUUUUGUGUGAACUACGACUUUAAUUUUAUUCCGUGGCAGCUUCAGCAUUUGCGUCUCAAUUGAUGAAAGGAGAAGUGCAUUGUUUGUUCAGACCUGACAUUUAGUUUGAGAGCAUUUGAGUGUGACUCUGCUCUGAUGAAUCUGUGCUCUUCUGUAAUUCCUUCCUGAAGAUGUACGGGUGGGUUCACGAGACUGACAGCUGUGCAGCGUCUCAUCGUACACGUGGAGAGUAAAAGCCAAAAUAACUCCGAUCAAAAUGUAUUACUGCUGAAUGUGUUGACAAUGAAUGAGCUGAAAUUUUCCUCACCUUCAUUUUCUCUCUUCCCUUCAUUUAAAGCAUUAAUUUCUCACGAUGAAACCCAAAAAAAAUCUACUUUAUUCAACUAAUUUGUUUAAAUCAUUGAGAAACACAUUUAUUUUAAACAAUUAUUUGUCAAAUUAAAGCUCCUUUCUACAUUUAGAAAAUAAUAAAAACACUCCUGAAUACAAAACUCAAAAGUGAGAUAUCAAAGUACAUCCGGUGGAGUAUUAGCACAUGAUGAAUGAGACUAUCGACAGCCUGUAUUUUCCUCUGUAUUCGAGUGCAAGUUAGCUGAUGUGGGCAGCUGUUAGAGUUCUCCUGAGGAUUAUUGCGUGGCAUGAGGGAUGAGAGGAACAUAUGCAUCGUACGGAAUGCCGUACAUUACAUUUUAAAUGAACACAUAUAAGUGGGUUCCUUCUGAGCUCAUUGUAAUUAAUGCUAAGUUGACCUAAAAUUAACUUAAUGCAUAUUAUGCAUGUAAUAUCCUCACCGGAGCUCAGGGGAAUGAAACCAAUUGAUCACGUUAAGCUCUUUCUAACUCUGUGUGAAGCACUUACAGAUAACUCUGUUGUUGUUGUGAUUAUUUGAAUGUUCUCCUCCCUUUUUACAUUUUUCUGCUCGUCUGAUUUUACUGUUUUUCUUUAUUUGCAAAGACUUUCAUGCACUAUUACUCUUUAUGAUGGGUCUCAUUCACACAUUUGACUACCAAACCAAUUGCGCAUCUGAAAAAAAAAGUUGAAAUGAAGCGCACCUGUCUGUGUGUGCCGGGGCAUGUUGGGAUGCCCUGUGUACAAUUACACAAAUAUGUGUUUGGUUUCCUAGGUGCUACUAAUAAAGCGCUGAGAAAA